AUGGGCGACAAACGCAAGCGCGAAGAAGCCACCGGCGCCGACCAACAGAAACCCAAACGGGCAAAGAACAAGGCCAAAUACCUACAGAAGGGCAACAAGGGGCGCAAGCGUGCCGCAACGCAGUUGAUGAAUGGCGCGAAUGCGAUUCCGGUGCAGGAGCGGCUCCGCGAUGUCCCCGAGGAUGCUGAGGAUGCUACGCCAGCAGCAGAGGCUGCGGAGAGCAAGCCCACCGGCGACGACUUUUUUGUUAUUGAUGCGACGCCAAUGAACCCCGCCGAAGUCGCCGAAAAGAAAAAAUCCAAGGGCCAGAUCAAACGUGAACGACAAGCGGAGAAGGAAACCCGAACGGGAGAAAAGAGAAAGGAAAUUAAGGAGGGAAGUGACAAGAAGAAGGAGAAAAAACAAAAAAAGGAGAUGAAGCAGCAGGACGAGGGUAGAAAGAAGAAAGAGAAGAAGGAACGAGAGGAGGAGAGUGAUUCGGAUUCGAGUUCUGAUUCCAGCAGUUCUGGAUCGGAGAGCGAGGUUGAAGUUAAGAAGCCCACACCCAAGGCCGCCGACAAAAAAUCCGAGAAAAAGGAGAAACCCGCUGCCAAAGAAGCCAAACAAGAAGACCAAGCAACCAACAAAAACCGCUUCAUCGUCUUUGUCGGAAACCUCCCCUACACCGCCACCACAGAAUCUGUAACAGCACACUUCUCCAAAAUCUCCCCCAUCUCCGUGCGCGUCGCAACCGACAAGAAGGACAACAACAAAAAAUGCCGCGGUUUUGGCUUCGUCGAAUUCGAGGCCUUUGAUAGAAUGCAGACCUGCCUCAAGCUGUAUCAUCAUUCGUCGUUUGAUGAUGGCAAAAGUCCUGCUAGGAAGAUUAACGUUGAACUCACGGCCGGCGGAGGCGGAAAAUCAGCUACGCGUCGCACAAAGUUGCAAGAGAAGAAUCAGAAACUAGCCGAAGAAAGAGCCAAGAAUGCGCAGGACGAGAAGAAGAAAAAAGGCGAAAAGGACCCGAAGCAGGAACAUUACUCGGGAAUUCAUCCUAGUCGGUUGAAUCAGAUGCAAUAA